AGGAAGCUGGUUUCUAGCUGCGGCUUUUGUAUUGUAGCUAAAAUGGCGGCGGCGCAAACCCAAAGCGGGAUUCUUCUCAGUGCGCUGUGUCCAAAGUUUUUGCACACAAACUCAACCAGUCACACCUGGCCAUUCAGUGCUGUUGCUGAACUUAUAGACAAUGCUUAUGAUCCAGAUGUGAAUGCAAAACAAAUGUGGAUUGAUAAAACAAUUAUAAAUGAGAACAUAUGUUUAACAUUUAUGGACAAUGGAAAUGGUAUGAAUGCAGACAAGUUACAUAAGAUGUUGAGCUUUGGCUUCAGUGACAAAGUUACAUUGAAUGGUCGUGUUCCAGUUGGAUUGUAUGGAAAUGGAUUUAAAUCAGGAUCUAUGCGCUUGGGGAAAGAUGCAAUUGUUUUCACCAAGAACGGAGAAAUCAUGAAUGUGGGCCUGUUGUCACAGACCUUUUUGGAAGCCACAAAAGCAGAACAUGUCAUGGUUCCAAUAAUAUCAUUCAACAAGAAACGACAAGUAAUGAAUCCAGAUGAAUCAGCAGCCAGGUUAAGGGCUAUCCUGGAACAUUCCUUGUUUCCUACUGAAGAGGAGCUGCUGGCCGAGCUUGAGACCAUUAUUGGGAAAAAGGGAACAAGAAUUAUUAUUUGGAACCUUCGAAGAGAGAAAAAUGAACAAACAGAAUUUGAUUUUGAUACAGAUAAAUAUGAUAUUAGGAUUCCUGCAGAUUUAGAUGAAGUAACAGGAAAAAGAGGGUAUAAAAAACAAGAGAGACAAGACCAGAUUGUUCCUGAAAGUGAUUAUUCGUUACGGGCCUAUUGCAGUAUUUUAUAUUUAAAGCCAAGAAUGCAAAUCAUUAUACGAGGACAAAAAGUGCAAACACAACUGGUUUCCAAAAGCCUUGCCAACAUAGAACGUGAUGUUUACAAGCCAAAAUUUUUGGCUCCGAAAACUGUAAGAAUUACCUUUGGAUUCAACUGUCGAAAUAAAGAUCACUAUGGAAUGAUGAUGUACCACCGAAACAGACUAAUCAAAGCUUAUGAAAGAGUUGGCUAUCAGCUAAAAGCAAACAAUAUGGGUGUAGGAGUAGUUGGGAUUAUUGAAUGCAACUUCCUAAAGCCAACACAUAAUAAACAAGAUUUUGAUUAUACUAAUGAAUACAGACUUACAAUACAUGCACUCGGUGAAAAGCUUAAUGAUUACUGGAAUGAGAUGCAAGCAAAGAGAACAGAAUAUCCUUUAGAAGUGCUAUUUGAAGAUACCCAGAAGCGACCUGAUCAGACAUGGGUUCAGUGUGAUUCAUGUCUAAAAUGGAGGAAGCUUCCAGAUGGAAUUGAUCAUUUACCAGAGAAAUGGUAUUGUUCAUACAACCCUGAUCCUCAGUUCAGAAAUUGCAAUGUGCCUGAAGAACCUGAAGAUGAUGAUUUAAUACCAUAUGAGAAAACACAUAAGAAAAAAGACAGAGAAAGAUUAAAGAAAAGACUGGAGUUUAGCCAACAGAUUUAUAAUGAAAUGUAUUUACAAACGUCAUCUGCCUUGUCCAAUACACCUUCAGUGAUGAAUGAAAGUGUUCCAAGAUUGCAUGUAGAAGUUCCAAAUACAAGGUCUCUAAACACAUCAGAUAACACAUCAGUAUCUUCUCCUCAUUCUGAUUCUGAAACCAGGUUUAAACGAAAACCUUCUAAUUCUGAGGCACCGCUACCUUUUAAGAUCACACGAGUGACUAGUCAAGCAUUUGAAAAUAAAAAGGAUAAUGAUGAUGAUGUCAUCAUCUUGGAAGAAAGCAGUACUCCAAAACCUGCAGAAGCAGACUGUGACAUCAAAAUAGUAAAAGUUGAAGGUAGUGCUGAUAUGGAUUAUAAUGGUUUUGAGACAGAAUAUUCCAACAAAGAUGCUUAUUCAGAAACAAAAUGUUCAAAAGGCACUGCAGCAACACAAACUGAAAUAGAGCACCUUAUAGUAAAGAAGGAAGAAAUGGAGGACAGUUCAGAUAAGAGACUAUCCAGAUUAGAUCCUGAUAUAACCCUACUAGAUCCUGAUAUAACCGUACUAGAACCUAAUUGUGUUUUAGAGUCUGUGGAUGUGAACACCAAAAUAAAUGAACUAAGCAAUGAACUGCAAUUAGCCAGCAGUGAAAAAGAAAAAUACCAAAAGCAGUGUGAUACAUUGUUUAAAGAGGUAAAAAUAUUAGAGCAAAAGGUGAUGGAAAUGAAUGAUAAGCGUAUGAAAAAGGAAAUGUGUCAUCAGUCAACAGAAACAAAUAGUUUACUAUCAGAAGAAGAACUACAAAAAGUUAAAGACAGACGUCCAGAAGAGGUACUGAUUCUCUAUGAACAGGCAUUGAAUGAAAUGAGGAGGUUGAAAGAACAGUGUGAUACUCUGCAGAAUUUAAAACCUGAAUGUGGUAAAUGUAAAAGUGAGAGUAAAAGUGAAGUAGAUGACAUGGCUGCACAACUUGAUGAUGUUUUCAGGCAGCUGGACAAGUGCAGCAUUGAAAGAGACCAAUAUAAAAAUGAGAUUGAACUACUGGAAAUGGAAAAAAAUCAACUGCGUUUUCAGUGUGAAGAGCUGAAAGCCGAAAAUGCACAGUUAAAAGCUUCGAUUCCACAAAUGGUUGCACAUGCAAACAAUUCUGUGGCUAGUAAUCUUGAAGACCCUGUAAAUUAUUCUGAUGGGGAAAGCCUGAAGCUGCGAUCCCUGCGAGUUAAUGUGGGACUACUACUGGCAACAAUAAUGCCUGAUCUUGAUUUGCAACAAAUGAAUUACGACGUUGAUGUUGUUGAUGAAAUUCUAGGACAAGUUGUAGAGCAUAUGAAUGAAAUCAGUAGAGUUUAAUUUUCUCCUGGAGUCAUAAUAUACUUCAAUCUUCUGUUGUAUUGUGAAGUUUCCACCUUGUAAAGAUUAGUCAUUGUUAGAACCAAACUAGAUGGGAUGCUAAAUGCAUCACUUGAAGUGGUAUGAUACUGUACACUGCAGUCCUAAUAAAAAUGGGGCGGAGGGCACACAGCUAUUAACAAAAAAGAAUACUUUUAGUAUCAUGUCCAAUUUCACUCUCAUUUUAAAGCAUAAUGUUUAUGCAUCAAAUGCCACUAGAGAUGUGCGCUGGCACGUUGCUUCGGAUGGUUAAUUUUUAGAGUGCAUUCAGGAGUUAACUACAGUUGUUGUAAAUGCUGUUCUAUACUUUUUUAUUUUCUUUUUAAAAGAAAUACUAGCAAUAUUGGCAAGUAGCAUUUUCCCCAAAUUACUAGUAUUUUAUAGUGCCCUAUGAGUAUUUCUAAACUUUGAUACCUGGUCAUGUAUUAUAUAACUGAGUAAGAGUAUUGCAAAACAAUUGUUACAAUAUCAGGUCUUGUUUUUAAUUAAAAUUUACAGAUGUUUUAUCAAACUCAUGGCUUUUCAGGUAUUAUUUUUCCAUACUUUUUUCCUAACUUUAUAUUUUUAAUGUUUUUAAUUUCUCACCGUAUCCUUCAAUAGCUGAAUGUAUUGUAAAGUCUGGGUAAAGGAAAUCUUGUCUGUAUGGAGAAUAUUAUUUAAAUUUAUACUGUACAUUUACACUUUAAAGAAAAGUGAAUAAAUGGAGAUAAGUUUUUAUUUACAUGAAAAAAAUUGAAAGAUGUAUAUUUUGUAUUAAAUGGAGGAAAACACAUUCUGUUCUUCUGAGUGACAGGGGGAAACUAAAUGGGUAAAUCUCCAUUUUUCCUAAUAAUAAAAAACUCACGUGCUUGCUUUU